CACUUCAGACGUUUACAUGUAGACUAGGUUAGCCGACGUUUCAUGCUUCGCCCCCGGUGAGAGACACUGGUUCGACACAUGAUGGGACCCUCUGAGGUAUUGAUGGCUGAUUUAGUUUAUUAUUUCACCACCUGGUCUCUUUGGUCAUCUCUAUUUUCUGUUUAUAAAUGUGGGGAAAACGUCUUUCUAUCACGUGCCCUUUCUUUUUGGUUCAUAGAUUUAAUGCUUUUUCUAAAUAUAUGAGGCGUUAGCUGAGAUGAGAAUCUGAAAUAUUCCUCAUGUUUUCCAUAUGUAAUCCACAAGGACUCUUUAGGCGCAUGACUUGUGCGUCGAUGUGGGGAGAGUUGAAGGGUUGUUUAAGAAAACCUGCUACCAAAGCACAUUGUGACUGUUUACCAAUGCACCGUGUGCCUUCUCUGUCACACCCAACUUAUGUGCCAUCCUAAGUGGAUAGUGAGGGCAAAAUAGCAGUUCUACAUGAUCUCUUCACUAUUUCACAUCUAGGUGUUAAGGCCAGAGGGUGUGCUUGACCUUGCCUAGGCCGUAACAGUACAGCGUUAGCUAAUAAACAGGGCGCAGCCACAGUCCACCCAGAGAUUGUCAUAAUCCACUUUUGAAAUAUGUUAAAAGCAAGCGUGAGUUUCAUGGCCGUCCGACACAUUCUUCAUCGCCGCAUAAAAACUCCGAGGUGAUCUGAGGGAGCGUCAGUCAACACAAAGCGAACCUGGGAGAGCGAGCUGUUCCUCUGUCAACUGAAAAAUAAACAAAAUCAAACCAUGAGGGCUGCGUCUUACACCCAGAAGAGCCUGCAAGUCAGCGGCUCCAGCGGCAGAGUGAGGGUUCAGAGCCCGUCGCCCUCCCGGUGCCGCGGGUCCUCGUACGACGACCGCGGACGCGCCGGUUAUCGCAGCACCGCCGUCGAGGUGGGCACGCAGAUGCAUCAGCAACACGCCAACGAGAAAGAGGAGAUGCAGGAGGUCAACGUCAAGUUUGCGGGAUACAUCGACAAGGUCCAGGCACUGGAGCAGAGGAACGCCGCGCUUCACGCUGAGCUGGCUGCGCUGCAGAGCCGCUACAAGGGAGGCCCCGCGGGCAUCGGGGAGGAAUAUGAGCUCAAGUUCAAAGAGGUGCAGGAGCUGAUUGAGACCCUGACCAACGAGAAGGGAGCGGCCGACAUUGAGCGAGGCUACAUUGAAGAAGAGGUCGAAGUGUGGCGGCUAAAACUGGACGAGGAGCUGGAGCUCAAAGCAGAGGCCGAGCUGAUCCUGAGGGAGUUUCGCCAGGAUGUCGACAGUGCCACGCUGCAGAAGGCAGAGCUGGAGAAGCGCAUCGAGCAACUGGUGGCCGAGAUCGAGUUCCUCAAAAAGCUCCACGACGAGGAAGUGGCUGACCUCAUGAAGCAGAUCGAGGACUCGAAGAUCACCGCGGAGCUGGACGGCGAUCGGCCCGACCUGGCCGCUUACCUGCGCACCAUGCGCGCCGAGAUCGAAUCGGUCGCCGCCCGCAACGUCCAGGAAGCUGAGAAAUGGUACAAGAGCAAGUUUGACACCCUCAAGGAGCACGCCGGCAAACACGAGGAUCAAAUGAAGACCAUGAAGGACGAGAUCACGACCUUCCACAGCCAAGUGUCGGAGCUGCAGAACCAGAUAGAUGGUAUGAAGGCUCGCAACGGAGCCCUGGAGCAACAGCUGGACGACAUGGAAAUGUCCCACAUGGAUAAGGUGGGGAGCCUCCAGAGUGUCAUUGAUCAGUUGGAGGCCCAGCUAUGCGAAACCAAACUAGAGAUGACAAAGUAUCUCCAAGACUACCAGGACCUGCUGCACAUUAAGCUCAAGCUGGAUGCCGAGAUCGCCACCUACAGGAAGCUGCUGGAAGGGGAGGAGCACAGGCUUGGGAUCGCCAAAACGGUCUGAAGCGGCGGCCGAGAAGAAGAGCAGAGAAUUAUAGAGUGGAGGUAUCAGCUCAUGACCUUCACUUCUUACCCAUACUUUACCCUCCUUACUCCAGGGGCUGGUCAAUAACCGACUUGGCGCAGAUUUGAGCUUCAGGACGGAUGCCAAAAUGACACUCUACUUGGAACUUUACUAUUGAAAUUUGAACUAACGAGGGACACUUUUAUCAAAUGUAACAAAACAAAGCGUUCUAAACACGUUUGUUCUUUCAUGAGAACGGUGACCCAGAUAUUUUAAAAUUGCCAAAAUAAUGAUAAAAAAAUGAAGCAAAAACCUAUGCCUACCAUAGUGAGAUGCCCAACCUGCAAACCAAAUGUCAGCUGGAAUCCUCUGAUCAAAAAAUGAAGGAAACAAGAUUACCUGUCUGACAAAUCUUUUUUUGGACAUUCAGUAUUGAGAUUUUAUCCUCAGCUCAUCCAACCACCUUACUAUCCUUGCCGUACCGUAACGCCAUCAUCCUGUCAUCUUUGCUUAAGCCUUCAUUUCUCUUGAGUUAGACUCUUUUUUUUUUUUCAUUUUUUCCCCUACAUCUUCUGGCUGUCUUCCGCCGCCACUGCUUCUCUUGAUGAAACUUGGAUCCCACCUGCUUUUGCAGAAGAAGCAUCGUCCUGCUGUGACGUUUCACGUCUCAACCCAAACAAAGCAGUCUUUUGUUUUGUCUUCACAAUUCACCACUGAUUACUCAAUGUUUUGACACGACUCCUAUAUUGACUAUUCCCACUAAUGUCGACCAAUUAUUACAUAAUAAAGAUUGACGUGAGUGCAUUCAACA